GCGUCCCGCCUCGGCCGUCACUCGGCCCGGCGCGCGCUGCGGGCAGCGGCCGGAGAGGCCGGAGGAAUCCGGUUCGGUGGCAGCGGCGGCGCUGGGAGGCAGAGAGGAGGAUGCGGCACCGGCGAUCAGAGGCUGGGGCUGCGGCCGCCGCCCGCGAAUAGGAGGCGGCGCGCGGUGCGGGCGGUGCUCGGGGCGGGGAGCGGGGGGCGGCGCGGCGAGGAGGCGGCGGCGGCGGCGGCAGGAGCCCGCGCCCGGCCCGGCGCCCGCCCGCCCGCCCCGUGCAGCUCCGCGGCGCUUGCUCUGCACCCGCCGCUCGGCGGUGCGGGAGCCUCGGGCCUCGGCGCGGCUGCGGCGAGCUGCCCUGCGCCCGGCCCGGCCCCCGCCUUAGGGAUGGCAAACUUGCGCCCCGCGGCCGCCUCCACCAGCGCCGGCCCCCGCUCCUGCUGCUGACGGCGCCCAGGGCAAGGGACAUAGGAUGACCCCAGCCUGUCCCCUCUUACUGUCUGUGAUUCUGUCCCUGCGCCUGGCCACGGCCUUCGACCCUGCCCCCAGUGCCUGCUCUGCCCUGGCCUCGGGCGUGCUCUACGGGGCCUUCUCGCUGCAGGACCUCUUUCCCACCAUCGCCUCGGGCUGCUCCUGGACCCUGGAGAACCCAGACCCCACCAAGUACUCCCUCUACCUGCGCUUCAACCGGCAGGAACAGGUGUGCACACACUUUGCCCCGCGCCUGCUGCCCCUGGACCACUACCUGGUCAACUUUACCUGCCUGCGGCCUGGUCCUGAGGAAGCCACAGCCCGGGCGGAGUCGGAGGUGGGGCGGCUGGAGGAGGAGGAGGAGGCGGCGGCGGCAGCAUCAUCGGGGUUGGAGCUGUGUGGUGGCUCGGGCCCCUUUACCUUUCUGCACUUCGACAAGAACUUUGUGCAGCUGUGCCUGUCGGCUGAGCCCUCCGAGGCCCCGCGUCUGCUAGCGCCUGCUGCUCUUGCCUUCCGUUUUGUGGAGGUUUUGCUGAUCAACAACAACAACUCCAGCCAGUUCACCUGUGGCGUGCUCUGUCGCUGGAGUGAGGAGUGUGGCCGGGCUGCAGGCAGGGCUUGUGGCUUUGCACAGCCAGGGUGUAGCUGUCCCGGGGAGGCCGGGGCCAACCCCGCCACCACCACACCUCCGGGGCCUCCGGUUGCCCACACCCUGUCCAAUGCCCUGGUGCCUGGGGGCCCAGCCCCUCCUGCUGAGGCCGACUUGCACUCGGGGAGCAGCAAUGACCUGUUCACCACCGAGAUGAGAUAUGGUGAGGAGCCGGAAGAGGAACCGAAGGUGAAAACCCAGUGGCCAAGGUCUGCAGAUGAGCCUGGGCUAUACAUGGCGCAGACAGGCGACCCAGCAGCUGAGGAGUGGUCCCCGUGGAGCGUGUGUUCCCUGACGUGUGGGCAGGGUCUGCAGGUGCGGACCCGCUCCUGCGUGUCCUCCCCCUAUGGGACCCUGUGCAGCGGGCCCCUUCGGGAGACCCGGCCUUGCAACAAUUCAGCCACCUGCCCAGUGGAAGGCCAGUGGCUAGAAUGGGGUCCCUGGGGCCCAUGCUCGUCAUCUUGUGCCAAUGGAACCCAGCAGCGCAGCCGGAAAUGCAGUGUGGCGGGUCCAGCCUGGGCCACGUGCGCAGGUGCUCUCACGGACACCCGUGAGUGCAGCAAUCUCGAUUGCCCGGCCACUGAUAGCAAGUGGGGGCCGUGGAACGCAUGGAGCCUGUGCUCCAAGACAUGUGACACGGGCUGGCAACGACGCUUCCGUAUGUGCCAGGCUUCUGGCACGCAGGGCUACCCUUGCGAGGGCACAGGAGAGGAGGUGAAACCCUGCAGUGAGAAGAGGUGUCCAGCCUUCCAUGAGAUGUGCAGGGAUGAGUACGUGAUGUUGAUGACGUGGAAGAGGGCGGCAGCUGGCGAGAUCAUUUACAACAAGUGUCCCCCUAAUGCCUCGGGUUCUGCUAGCCGCCGCUGUCUCCUCAGUGCCCAGGGCGUGGCAUACUGGGGACUGCCCAGCUUUGCUCGAUGCAUAUCCCAUGAAUACCGCUACCUGUACCUGUCACUUCGGGAACACCUGGCUAAGGGCCAGCGCAUGCUGGCAGGUGAGGGCAUGUCACAGGUGGUGCGGAGCCUGCAGGAGCUACUGGCACGGCGCACUUACUACAGCGGGGACCUGCUCUUCUCUGUGGACAUCCUAAGGAACGUCACUGACACCUUCAAGAGGGCCACCUAUGUCCCUUCCGCCGAUGACGUGCAGCGUUUCUUCCAGGUGGUGAGUUUCAUGGUGGAUUCGGAAAACAAGGACAAGUGGGAUGAUGCUCAGCAGGUGUCGCCCGGCUCUGUGCACCUGCUGCGUGUUGUGGAAGAUUUCAUUCACCUCGUGGGCGACGCUCUUAAGGCCUUUCAGAGCUCUCUCAUUGUCACGGACAAUCUGGUGAUCAGCAUUCAGAGAGAGCCUAUCUCUGCUGUGUCCAGUGACAUCACGUUUCCCAUGCGGGGCCGCAGGGGCAUGAAGGACUGGGUGCGACACUCAGAGGAUCGCCUCUUCCUACCCAAGGAGGUGCUCAGCCUGUCCUCCCCAGGGAAGCCAGCCACACCCGGGGCAGCCACAGCAGGCAGCCCGGGCAGGGGGAGGGGCCCGGGAACGGUGCCCCCUGGCCCCGGCCACGCCCACCAGCGCCUUCUCCCCGCUGACCCUGAAGAGUCCUCCUCCUACUUUGUGAUUGGUGCUGUGCUCUACCGCACCCUUGGCCUCAUCCUGCCGCCCCCCAGGCCUCCACUUGCUGUCACCUCCCGGGUGAUGACAGUGACCGUGCGUCCUCCCACCCAGCCUCCAGCUGAGCCCCUCAUUACAGUGGAACUCUCGUACAUCAUCAAUGGCACCACCGAUCCCCACUGUGCCAGCUGGGACUACUCCAGAGCAGAUACCAACUCGGGGGACUGGGACACUGAGAGCUGCCAGACCUUGGAGACCCAGGCGGCUCACACCCGCUGCCAGUGCCAGCACCUGUCCACCUUUGCUGUCCUGGCCCAGCCACCCAAGGACCUGACCCUGGAGCUGGCAGGUGCUCCUUCUGUCCCCCUGGUGAUCGGCUGUGCGGUGUCCUGCAUGGCUCUGCUCACACUGCUGGCCAUCUAUGCAGCCUUCUGGAGGUUUAUAAAAUCAGAACGCUCCAUCAUCUUGCUGAACUUCUGCCUGUCCAUCCUGGCUUCCAACAUUCUGAUCCUGGUGGGCCAGUCCCGGGUGCUGAGCAAGGGCGUAUGCACCAUGACGGCUGCCUUCCUACACUUCUUCUUUCUGUCCUCCUUUUGCUGGGUGCUUACAGAGGCCUGGCAAUCCUAUCUGGCUGUCAUCGGGCGGAUGCGCACCCGCCUGGUUCGCAAGCGCUUCCUCUGCCUGGGCUGGGGUCUACCUGCCCUGGUGGUGGCUGUGUCUGUUGGCUUUACUCGCACCAAAGGAUACGGUACAUCCAGCUACUGCUGGCUGUCCCUAGAGGGUGGCCUUCUCUAUGCCUUUGUGGGUCCAGCAGCCGUCAUCGUCCUGGUGAACAUGCUCAUCGGGAUUAUCGUCUUCAACAAGCUCAUGGCUCGUGAUGGCGUCUCAGACAAAUCUAAGAAGCAGAGGGCCGGGGCUUCACUCUGGAGUUCCUGCGUGGUACUGCCUCUCCUGGCCCUUACCUGGAUGUCUGCCGUCCUGGCCAUGACAGAUCGCCGCUCCGUCCUCUUCCAGGCACUCUUUGCCGUUUUCAACUCUGCGCAAGGCUUUGUCAUCACCGCUGUGCACUGCUUCCUGCGCCGAGAGGUCCAGGAUGUGGUAAAGUGUCAGAUGGGUGUGUGUCGGGCUGAUGAGAGUGAAGACUCCCCAGACUCGUGCAAGAACGGGCAGCUGCAGAUCCUGUCAGACUUUGAAAAGGACGUGGAUCUGGCUUGUCAGACAGUUCUGUUCAAGGAGGUCAACACCUGCAACCCGUCCACCAUUACCGGCACUCUGUCCCGCCUGUCUCUGGAUGAGGAUGAGGAGCCUAAGUCCUGUCUCGUGGGUCCUGAGGGUGGCCUCAGCUUCUCACCACUGCCUGGGAACAUCCUGGUGCCCAUGGCAGCCUCACCAGGUCUAGGGGAGCCACCACCACCCCAGGAGACCAACCCUGUGUACAUGUGUGGGGAGGGCGGCCUGCGGCAGUUGGACCUCACAUGGAUACGGCCAAGUGAACCAGGCUCUGAGGGGGACUACAUGGUUCUGCCCCGGCGGACUUUGAGCCUGCAGCCUGGCGGUGGGGGAACCGGGGGUGAGGAGGCCCCAAGGGCCCGGCCUGAGGGGACCCCCCGGCGGGCUGCCAAGACAAUGGCCCACACUGAAGGCUACCCCAGCUUCCUGUCUGUGGAGCACUCGGGUCUAGGGCUGGGCCCUGCCUAUGGGUCUCUCCAGAACCCAUAUGGGAUGACCUUCCAACCACCACCACCGACACCCAGCACCCGCCAAGGACCAGAGCCAGGAGAACGUAGCCGGACCAUGCCCCGUACAGUGCCUGGUUCCACCAUGAAGCUGGGUUCCCUUGAGCGAAAGAAGCUUCGGUAUUCAGACUUGGACUUUGAGAAGGUGAUGCACACUCGGAAACGGCACUCGGAACUCUACCACGAACUCAACCAGAAGUUCCACACUUUCGACCGCUACCGUAGCCAGUCCUCAGCUAAGGAUAAACCCAGCCCCCCCGGGGGACGCCCUGGCUUGUCCCAGCACAGGAGGCAUCAAAGCUGGAGCACCUUCAAAUCUAUGACACUGGGCUCACUGCCCCCCAAGCCCCGAGAACGGCUGGCCCUGCACCGGACAGCAGCCUGGGAGCCCACAGAACCGCCAGACGGCGACUUCCAGACAGAGGUGUGAGUGCCACGCCGGACUGCCCACUGCACAGAAAUAUAUAUCUAUUUUCACACUCCACUUUGGAACUACCAGGAGCCGGCGCCCCUCCCCCUCCCGAGGCUGGGCAGGAGGCGCAGAGGACUCAGCCUGGCUGGGGGCAGCCAGACUGGCAGGGCCUGGGGGCCAGGACCCCUCCUUGUUCUCAGAGGUCCCUUAGCCACCCACCGGAGCCUCAUCUUUGCCCCGGCCUGUCUGUCCCUGUCCUGGGCUGGGGAGGGGGGAGGGAAACUUUGUUGGGAAUAAACUUCACUCUGUGGA